CAUUUGGUAAUAAAAUUGAAUUGAAUUGAAUUGUAUACUUUAACCAACCAAUCUACCGAAUGGGAAAUUCCUUCUAGCGUAAAGUUGGUAGGCGACUGUAGUCCCAUGUACAAUUAAAAUCUGUCACAAAUAUAAAAGUUUACUCACAUCAGUGAAACUCCCAACACAGUCAGCACCUGAAGUGUGUAUGUAACCCAAGUUAAUAUAUUUUUUGGACCACAAUGGUCAAAACAAAAUGAAACAUGUUACGAAAUAUAACUAAAACAAUGCCAGCAUCACUCAUCAAAAUCACACGUAGCAACAUUAUUGUAGGAAGUUUGAUAAACAAAAUAAAUCAUCGGUGCUUGCAUUUUCUUCAUCGUUUCACAGAAAUCAUUCAAAAGUAUGAUCUUUAGGUGAUUUCUUUAGAUAUUUCAUAUACCCACAUAAAUCUAAGUUCUAUCUUGAAAAGUUGACAUUUAAACCUUUACUCUCUAACUCCCUUUUGUUAACUCUCUCUAUCUAGACUAAUUAGAUUGUGUUGACAAAAUCUCUUUGUAACAUUAACAUCUUACUGUUUUCUUGACAAGAAUUUAAAUAUUUACAAAUUAAGGUACAUUGAUUAUUGUUCAUCUGCUCAUCAAUGGAUAAAAGUGAAAGGAGCUGAGUCAACCCAAGUUGGGAUGGAGCUCGCUAUGGGUCUGAUUUUAGGUUAAUGAAUUUUGUUACUUGUCUUUUUCUUUCAAUUGAGUACCUGAUUGACCAGCUAACAAUUAAAGUGACAGUCCUUAUUUUAAUUUGGUAACGAGUAUAUUAAAAAAUAAGUUUUAGGCAUACCAGUCCUAAAUAUUGAUUUUUUUUCUCUGCAGGAUUUGUAUCAAUCAGUUUCGGGUGUAUUACAUUUUUCUUGGUGAAGACUGAUCCAAAAAGCAACUCCACGACACCAACUUCACCAAACCGUGACAAGUCGUCACCAAAUGAAGGUGAGGACCUUUCUAGGUGGCAGCUCCUGUUCCUACCCGGCUUCCUGGGAGUUUGUCUGAGUAUGAUGGCCACAUCUGUUGUCCAGUACGGCACACUGAACUGGACACAGCUAUACAUGGUACAGGAGAGAGGGCUGACCCCUAUGUCAGGCAGUGCUUUUGUAAGCAGUGAAGAACUAGGAGGGAUUGUGGGGUCUUGUGUGGCUGGGUUCUUGUCUGACUUCCUUAUCAGCAAGAACCCAGGCGUGGCUAGACAUUUGAUGAGGCAGGUGGUGGUUAUGUAUUUUAUGCUGUUCCUGACUGGGGUAUUAUACUGGAUCACAUACAGUUUAUCUUCUUCCACCUCACAG